CUUUGAGUUCGCGGGGAGAAGGAGGAGACCGGUCACCACAAAAAGCUCCUCCCUCCGAUUUCCCGAGAUAGAGAUAGGGACAGGGAUCGUGAGUAGAACACAACGCGCCGCUGUUGGCGGCAGGGGCGGCGCACUGCUCAUGACGUAAACAUCCUACCCGGAAGCUUGAGCGCGGUGAUGGCGGCCUCCAUAGGCGGCAACGUGACUCUAAAGCGCUGAGGAAGAAAUCUUCAAAUUCUGAGAAGCCUGGUCUACUUUUGCCAUAUGAAAUUUGCAACGCUGGAAGAUUAUAUUUUGCGACUUGAAGAACUUUUGCUUAAGAUAAAAUGACUGACUACAGACCUGUUAAAGUUCAGUCUUUUCCGAAGCUUGGUGAGAAAGUAACAAAGGAUACUUCGUACUGGAAGAAUUUCAAGGCUCCUAUUCAGAUAAAGGAGUUUGGUGCAGUGAACAAAAUAGACUUUUCUCCAAUUCCUCCAUAUAACUAUGCUGUCACAGCUUCAUCAAGGAUCCACAUUUAUGGUCGAUACUCUCAAGAACCAAUCAAAACAUUCUCUCGCUUCAAAGAUGUAGCAUACUGUGCUACAUAUCGAGAUGAUGGGAAGUUGCUGGUUGCUGGCAGCGAAGAGGGCAUCAUUCGACUCUUUGAUACCAGUGGGAGAGCAGCGUUGCGACAGUUUGAUGGCCAUACUAAAGCAGUACAUGUUGUGGGCUUUCUAUCCGAUAAAUUCCGAAUAGUAUCUGGAGCAGAUGAUUACACAUCAAAGGUGUGGGACAUUUCAUCCGCAUCAGAAAUCGUAUCCUACAACGAGCACACAGACUAUGUGAGAUGUGGCUGUACUAGUAAACUGAAUGCUGAUCUUUUUGUAACAGGUUCAUAUGAUCAUACUGUGAAAGUGUUUGAUGCACGUGCAGAAAAAAGUGUCAUGACAAUAGAACAUGGGCAGCCGGUUGAGAGUGUUAAUCUCUUUCCUUCCGGAGGUCUUCUUGUGACUGCAGGUGGUCGUUAUGUUAAAGUCUGGGACUUCCUUAGAGGAGGACAGUUACUAGUGUCCUUGAGAAAUCACCAUAAGACUGUAACCUGUUUGUGUCUGAGUAGCUCUGGUCAGAGACUGCUUUCCGGCUCACUAGACAGGCAUGUGAAGGUUUACAGUACAACUUCCUACGAGGUCGUCCACAGCUUUAACUAUGCAGCAUCCAUUCUCAGCCUUGCCUUGGCACCUGAAGAUGAAUCUCUAGUUGUAGGCAUGACAAAUGGAAUACUGAAUGUUAAACAUCGGAAGCAUGAAGGUGGAAGAGGGCUUCUUCAGCAGAGGAGAAGGCCUGCGUAUAGGACCUUUGUGAAAGGAAAGAACUACAUCCCAAAGCAGGAGGAUUUCUUUGUCAGUAAGCCUGUAAAAACCCAUUUGAAGAAAUAUGAUAAGCUCCUGAGAGGUUUCCAGGUUUCUAAGGCUCUUGAUGCUGCCCUUCAGGAUUUUAGAAGCACAAGGAAAAAACCACCUGAAGUUAUAGUCACGGUCAUGCAGGAAUUAAACCGCAGAGGAACCUUGAAAAACGCACUCGCGGGGAGAGAUGAAAAACAGCUCAGUGUCCUCCUUUCUUUCUUGAUAAGACACGUGACUGAUGCAAGAUUUGCUCCUGUGCUGAUAAAUGUUGCAGAAAUGAUUAUAGAAAUCUACAGGCCUGUGGUUGGACAGUCCUCGGUUAUUGACAGGCAAUUUCUAGAACUUCAAAAUCUCAUUGAAAAAGAGAUUGAUCUCCAAGAAGAAUUACUAGAAGUCUUGGGGAUGAUGGAUGCACUGUUUGCUACCAUGGCAAGAAAACCCAUUCCACAGGACAAGAACAAUACUGAUGGUUUAUAGAGGGCACUUGAACAAUGUCCUUUGCUGGACAACUUCACCUGGGAGUUCAUUGCAUUUGACUCUUCUUUUCACUAGACCUCCCCCCCCCCCAAAAAAAGGUAUUGCUUUGAAGCAGGGGGAAAAUGGCAAGGUAUCCUUUUGAAGGGUGCAAAUACUGGUGAUUGAAGAACAAAGACCCUUUGGGAUUUAUCUUUUUUGCCACAAGGUGUUUUUUUUUAAUCAGGAGCAAUUUAACUGUUAAAAUAUCUCUGCCUAUAUUGUGUAAAGUUGGACUUUAUACAAACCCAUUGGGCUCUCAAUUAUAUGGUCACAGACAGAUAAUUCAGGUAUCUUCAUCUUUUUCUCCUUGCUUUAUUGAAUACUCAGCUAUUCAAAUAGAAAGAAAUAUGGCAGUUUCAGUGAAAUUAGAUGGCGUUGUUUUCCAUUUUAAAUUUCUCACAUGGAACCAUUGGUGGUCAGUAAGGCCUGAUUUCAUGUUGGAAAACUAUAUGCGUGUUCAAUUCUCAGCUUUUCAACAGAAUUCGUGCUGUGUGUGAAAAUGACAUCAUGUUUAAAUAGCAUGUAUGAAAAUGACAUCAUGUUUAAAUAGCAUCUGAGGCUGCUUAUGAUGAAUAUAUUUCCCUUUUUAAAAAUAACUUUAAAUCCUAAGGAUAAAUUUUUUAACAUCAACACUGA